UGGGGCGGUAGCGCUGUCAUGGCUUCCGCGCGCGCGCCGCUCUGCCGCCACCUUCACCGCGAUGGGAGUGCUGCACGUGCCCCUCUGCAAGGAUCCCAUACCGUUAAGCCAUCAGAUGAAGUGGGAAGUUUGCUGUCCUCUGAAGCAUGCCAAGGGGUUAGGAAACAGAAGAGUAAGAUAAAUCUGAGCAGUGAGAAGAGUGCACCCACUCCAGUAACUGCAAGGAGAGUCACAUCUCUUGGAUUGAUGCCAGGUAAUGGGGUUGUGAAGACUAAAAAAGAUCUUAUGCUUACAAAAGAGAAAAAGAAACAGAAGGCACUGGAGAAGGAGAUUCGUGCAUUAGUGAGAGAACGUGGAGAGCAGGAUAAAAAACUUCAGGCUCUGGAUGAAGACCUUGUUAAGAUUGAAGCAAAGCUGAGUGCUGCAGUUCAGGAGAAAACCUCUCUCUCGGCAAAUGUUGCAUGCCUGAAAAAACAGCUUCUGGAGAUAACAAGAAGCAAUGAACUACUAAAGUCAAAGCUGUCUGAAGAUGGUGUGCAGAAGAAAAUGAGCAGUCUGUGUAUGGAGUUGAUGAAGCUCAGAAACAUGAGAGAUGCUAAGGAAAAGACUGCACUGGCAAAGCAGGAAGACAUGGAAAUGAAGCUACAGGAAGUGCAAAGGAAUCUAGAGCAUUCAAAAGGGAAAGUAGCACAGUUACAAGAAAAACUGUCUGCUACUGAGAGAGAGAAAGUUGAAGAAAAAUCUGACACUGAAAAACUCCUGGAAUAUAUUACAGAACUCAGUAGUGUUGCAGAAACAGCUAAGAAAUACAAACUGGAGGUCACCCAGAUGAAGGAGACACUGAGUAAGAAAGACCAAGAUAUUGAGAUCCUGAGGAAUACCCUCAAAGCAAAAGAGGAAGAAUCAUGUAAACUGAUGAAAGAACUUAAUGAGAGGUGUCAAUUGCUUCAACAAGAGAAAGAGAAAGAGUUGUCAGAGGCCAAAGGACAGUUCCUGAGUAUGAAUGCUGAAAUUGAAAACUUGAAAAAAAAAAUUGAUUUGGUGGAACAAGAACACCAAAAACUGCUUCAGAAGCAUCAGGAGGUCAUCUCUCAGCUGCAGCAAGAGAAGGAGUCAUCUGCAUCAAUGCAGCAGAAGUUACUAGAGUUUGAAGAUGAAGUAAAAAGUGAGAGACAUCUUCUGGAAGAAGAGCUGAAUGAUACCAUGAAGGAGCUGAAUAAACUGCAUGUGAAAGAGAAGAAAGCUGAAAAGCUGGUGAAGCGACUGGAACAAGAAAUUAAAUCUCAAGAUCUUGAACUUGCACAGAUGAAAGAAGAGUUGAAAGGGAAGAAUGCAGAGUUGGAGCAAAUCAAGGCAAUGCAUAGCAGUGUUGUAUUGAAAAUCCAAGAAGAGCACAGCAAUACACUGCAGAAACUUGAAAAAACUAUUGCUGACUUCGAAAGCUAUAAGAAAAUAUCAGCUGAAGAAAUUUGCAAUUUUAAACUGGAGAAUACUUCUCUGCGAGAAGAAGUUGCCAGCCUAAAUAAAGUAGGCCAAGAGACUCUGCAGUUGCUUCAAGAAGCAGAAUACAAUAAAAACAAAGCAAAUGAAGAAUGUGCAAGGAUGCUCUUAGAAGUCCAGACCAAGCUUGCACUAAAAGAAGCAGAAACAGAGAGAACAAAAGAGUCUUGGCUUGCACAAAUGACUAAACUUCAGGAAAAACUUGAGAAGCAAACUGAAGAUCUGAAAAGAGAACUUGAAGCAGAAAGAUCAAGGAAAACCAUAAGUGAAGAUGUGACCUCUAGCUUAAAGGAAGAGAUCAAGACCUGGUGUAAACUGUAUGAAGAUUUACAUAACAAAGUUAAGCCUUUUCAGCAACAACUAGAUGCUUUUGAAGCAGAGAAGAAUGCACUCCUGGAGGAGCAUGGGGCAGCCCAAGAAGAGCUGAAUAAACUGAGUGAUGCAUAUGCUAAACUACUUGGCCACCAGAACGUGAAGCAAAAAAUCAAGCAUGUUAUGAAGUUGAAGGAAGAUAAUGCCCACCUGAAGCAGGAUGUCUCAAAACUGCGUGCAUUGCUAGCCAAGGAAAAGCAAACCAACAGACAUCUUCAGGAGCAGCUGUGUGCAGUCCAGGGCAUUAAGCAUUUUGAUCCUUCCAAAGCUUUCCAGCAUGAUAGCAAGGAAAAUAUUCCUCCAAAAACACCUUUAAAAGAAGGUAAUAAAAACAAAAUUUGAAGUCUUCUCAAUAUUAAGAAAAUAAAUCACCUAUAAAUUCGUGUGCUACAGGAGACUUUCAACAGAACUUCAAGUUCUUCAAGGUGAACUUGGAUGCUGUAUAUAAUACAAAUCAGUAGGAGCCUUAGAAAAAUGACCUAAAAUUAUGUAUUUUUAGAAAAACUGAGUUUUCCUGAGAAGCAACAGGUGACAGCAUGUUCUUAACUCCUGGUAUCAUCAUUACAGGCAUGAACUCUGAAAAGUGUUCACUGUUGCACACUUUGGAUAUGCUGAGGCUGCUUAGUUAGGUUUUGAGCAGAACAUUUUAAAUUUGGAAAAGGAGAAUAAGAUUACAAAUUAAAUCAGGUUUAAUAUAAGUUUUUUUAUUUUUAUAUAAAAUUUUUUUUGCAUCUAUCCCAUAUAUACAAUUCUAUGUUAAAUUAAUUUUGCUGUUUUUAGCUGCCUUGGUACCAAUGGCAUCAAUACUGUCAAGAGACCCUUUUACUUCUGUGGCCUACAUGCUAUAGAACCAGUGUAGAAAUGGGACUGUACACAUAAUUUUUAUAUUCUACAGGAUCUAUAUUCAGUAUACACAAAUUUAAAUCCUGGGACUAGGUGUUGCAGCUGUUGAUCUUCAGAAGAGCAUUUUCAGGUCAAAUUGACUGCAUUUAUCUAAACGUUUGUAUACUGUGACUAAGAUUAGUGUCUUAAGAGCAAUGCUGUGUCCACUGGACUCUUAAACUGCCACAAAAUCUUUGUAGCCAGCUGUGGUAAGUGAUCAGUGCUACAGCGACAGGGAAUAACAACAGAACUUCUCUCACUUGGAUGGGAGGACACCCGAGGAACUCACAUGCCUUGUGUGGACUGGAAUUUUGGCAAAGGAGAAAGAAUCUGUUAAACUGCAUUUAAAAUUAAGAACACUUUACCACAAUAAAAAAUUUACAUUAAAGAAUUUGUCCAUUUCCUUUGCAAACCAGGGAUAAAACCCAAAAUUACAUUACAGUGGGAUUCAUCUAUACUUUUUUUCUAGUCUUGUCUUCAAAACAAAGCCCAAUGCCAGUCUUGCCUCAAAAACUACAUAUUCUGUAGUCUUAGGGAAAUUAUUUAACUGAACCGUACAAUACAUACAGCCUGAAAUUCUCUUAUUUCUCUUAAUACAAAAGUAAAUACUGAAUUUAAGUCAAAGAUGGAACUGUGUUUUUCUUAUUGUCUGUGCAGCUAUCUUGCACAGAGCUUCUGCACAGGCAAUACCCACAGCUUAGCUGGUAGCAUUUAUUGCCAUUUGUGCUGACAUUGUGAGCUUACAGAAACUUCAAAAUUCCUAGGAAAUUAUAUACCAACAAUGCACAUUAAGUCCAAGGAAAGAAGUUGCUAGAUGUUGUCUGUUAAUGUCAUCUUUGUGCAUUUGCUGGAUUACUUGAUCCUCUGAAGAUUGAGGAUGAGGAUUAGUUUCAAGUAUUUUAAUUAACAGAGCACUUGGUAUUCAGCCUGAAGUGUUGAGAGAUAUUUUGAUUUAAAAAGUUAUUAGAAGCAUUUAAUACUGUUCUCUCCUUGUGGAAGAAAAAAUUAAGGUUUUCUUGUCUGAAAGAUGUAAAUAGAGUAAAAAAAUUGUAGAGGAAGCAGGCAUUUGUCUGAAUGUUAAUGGAAGGUUCCACCAAACUCAAAACAUGAACAUGGAAACACUGGGUUAAGGUACUUCUUGGAUUUUUUUUUUUUUUUUUAAUUGAAGGUACAAAUAUGCCAAGGGAAGCCAAGAAUGGCAGUUGUCACAGGACUGGGCUUUUAGGAUUGCUACAUCUUUGUUUGAUACAGAUGGCAUGAGCAUGUUUAUAGUAAUAGAAAUAAAGGUAAACUCCAGCAAAUAAUUCUGCUAGCCCUACAGCAAGGGUGAUCCUUGAGCUUUUAAGCAUGGAUAAAUCCUGUAGAGCAGAGUGGGGAGGAGAAAAGCAAAAGGUGAAAGUCAAGGGGAAAUUGAGGGCUUUUUGUCAACUUCAGUCUAGGAGGCUUUUUUGCUUUAAUGCACUAUAAAGUGAAGUAUUAAAAACUGGAACCUUGACAUUUUUAGCUCAACUGACAUUAGUAUUCACUGCAGGAAUCCAUUAUUUUCAUGUUGUGGAAGAUUGUGGGGUUUUUUGAAUUGAAAAAUCCAUGAUUUAACACAAAGUUAUUUCUCUGAUCAUUCAUCUUGCUGUAUUGUAGCAAAAGCUGGCCUGUGCUUAGUUGAAAUGUAACAUGAAGAGCUAGAAUUCUCAACCUGCCUGACCUAAUUAGAGCUUUCCUCCUGUUUGCUCUAAAAGACAAACUCUCCAAGACUCAGUGCCAAUUCUUUGAAUGGAUCUCAUGCACACAAUAGCUGUGUUUGCUUACGCUGGCUGUUACGACGUAAAAAUUUAAGCUUCUAUAAUGAGCUGCUUAAAUGGUACCACUGAAACCAAACCAAAAGCUUAACAGGAUUCAGAGCCACACGUGAUGUAGGGCUUGGAUUUGUGUUUUGGUUUCAAAGGUCAGCAGAGCCAAUGCUGCUCUCAGUCUAUGUGCUCUAUGCAGGCACAGCAGACAAAAGGGACAAGUUGCGUAGUUGAACUGCAAUUAUGUCCUAGGCUGGUUAUUCCUUCUCUGGUUUGGCAGUGCCUGAAGUGCUUCUGGAAAUGGAGCAGGUAAGGCUCUGGAUAUUUGCAUUAACAGGUUGCUACCACACUUUGGUUACGAAAUCAAGGGAAAAGCAAAUUGGGAGGAGAGAGGGAAGACUUAAUGAUGCUUGAAUCUCUGUGAAUUACAGCCUGAAAUCUUAAUUUAAUGAGUGGUCCAUUUAGUCACCCAGGGAUGCAUAACACUUAAGUGGCUAUGAUCUAGACAACAAUACAAAUUUUACUGUAAAAUCUUAAUGUUUCACAAAGCGGAUGUAACAAUAAUUGAAAGAAUAGGUAGAACGUUAUAGAAUUCUAGGUAAAUACUUGAGGAAAAACUGCUUUAUAUUAUAUAAUGAAGACACAAAAACUAUAAAUAAUUUAACUUAUUCUGGUGACAAAGAUGCUAAGAUAUUUUACAGGCUGAUUGAUGAUUGUAGCUUGAGAUUUCAGUGUUCAUACUUUUGUUAUUUUCUUCUUGCUCUGAGCCCAGAAGACAAAACUUAUUUUCCCACCAUAGUUUUUGUUAAAAUGCACAGGGAGCUCUUCCAAGCUGUGUUGGGAGGAGAUGAAUGAUGGUGUACUGGGAGUUCUUACCUCCAUACUGCUACACAGUUUGGUAUUUCUUUGUAGAUUCUUCUUGAUUUCAAAUUAUGACUAACUGGUAUUUUGAAAUAGAAUUCUAAGGUUAAUGGAAGGGAAUUCAAUGUCAAUAGCUGGGGCAUCUGUAUUUCAUGAAGACAGAAACUGGCUGAAGUGGUUUAAUUUUUUUAUGCAUAUACACCUUUUUGUCCUCUAAAUGUUAGUUGUUUGUCAUAAAUAAAGGUAAUUUACAAUAUUCUAUACAAUUUUAGUAUGAUUCUAUUAAAUUUUGGUGGACUUUUCUGGUUUUCUUCCAGAGUACUACCAAAUCAAACACUUUUCAUCAAGUCAAGUUGAAAUAAGUUCAUAGACAAAUAAGUGUCAAGUAUCUACAGUGAAUUUUGGCCAGUAGUUUUUACACAUCUUCAGUUCUCUUGCUAAAAAAUGCUAGGCUUAGUCUAUGCCUUUGUGCAUCAGAAAUGGUACAGUAACAUUUUGUAUACAGUAUCCUGUUACCUUCAAAAACUUGUAUUAAAAAAGAAAUCAAAUCUGUCUGUCACCUUGUAAGCAUGUAAUGAUACAUAGAGGAUGGAUACUGUAAGCAAUAAUUGCUCUCAGAAACAACCCUCCCUUCUCUGUGGGAUACACGACUUGCUUUUACAUUCAACUCUGGAUAAAGGCAAAUUGCAAAUACUUAUUUUUCUUCAUUCUAAAAGGAGGAAUUAAGUAUUUUAUAGUGAAUACCUGACAGCUCUAUGCAGGCUAAUAUGCUAUUUUGGUCUACUUCUGAAGUUCCACUUUGUGUUUACAAAUGAGAAAUCACAAAAGAAAGUUCACAGUUUCAGUAGGGGAAGUGUGGUUACAUGUUAAAGUGCAGCACAGCACCACAUGUGCUUACUGCAGUAACUUUUUUUACUGCUUAAAGUACCAUGAA